GGAGGACGAUCCCAAAGAACCAGUAUCCAGCAGCGCAUAGGGUACAUAAGGGCCCACAUCCGCCACACUGUGUGGCCACUGCUCUAUGGGAAGAUCGAGCAGCCUUAGGAUAACUUGGGCAUGCAAACCGGUUUUAACUUAUGCUGCAUAGAAUGCAUUGAAAAGAAGAAAAAAAGUCGCCCAUCCAAUUCAAACCUCUCCAUCAAUCCCACAAAUCCAAUCUCCAUCAUCAGAAGUCCCUAUUUCAAUCGUCCAAGCACAAAUGGAGGUUACAACACAACGACCGGCAGCGCCCUCAAGCCUUCCAACACCACCGCCCGAUAAGCUUCUUGACGAGGAACCAGCGAUGGCUGAGCUUAAUAAGGUUGAUUCCGGUAUGGAUAUUGACUCUCAGAGCAAUUCACUGCAUGCACCGGUGUCGGUCCCUACACAAACGGAAUCUGGGGGACUUCCCGUGAACGGUCAAGCGCAGGGAGGUCUCGGAAAUGGCGAUAGAGCAUCAGGAUGCAAGGAAGAAGGGAGGAGUGAAGAUGGUGAAGAGGUUGAUAUGAAGGAUAUAGACCGGAGGCAGCCAUCUGUCGAGGACUUUGAUUUAAUGACUACUUUGGGGUAGGAAAGGACUUGCCCGUUUCCGACUGGGCCUCCCAAUAUGCGUAUUUGAGUCUAACACCAAUAAAGUACAGGGACCUUCGCUCGGGUAUGGUUAGUGAGACCGAGGGGUAGUCCACCAACUGAGAAUGCGACCCUGUUUGCUUUAAAGCAACUUAAGAAAGUGGAUAGUAAGAAAUACUGGCGUUAUUUUGGCGACAGAAACAAACGGAGGCUAAUGGUUGGCGUGACGAAAAGUUAUCCGACUGAAGCAAUGCGAACAUGUGCGUUACUCAGUUUUUCAUUGCCACGAUGGCCUUUUCACCACCUCUAAUCAAUCAACUUAGGUCCUCAAUGAGAGAUCCAUAUUAGAAGUUUGUCGGCCUCAUCCGUUUAUAACCCACUACCUUUGCUCAUGGCAGGAUCGCAACUCCCUAUACAUCCUCGUAUGUAUCACCCAAAUACAGCAGCAACAUUAACAGGCUAACCAUCAUAUACAGCUUGAAUACUCACCCGGUGCUUAUUCCCCUCCUUUGUUCAAUUUCCUAUUUCCCCCCAAGUCCCUUAUCUCAGCUCCUAACAUGCACGGGCUCUCAAAGGUGGUGAGAUAUUUGGUUAUUUACGACGGGCCCGCCGAUUCGAUUUUCAAACUACACAGUUCUAUGCUGCGGAAAUCACCAUGAUCCUAGUUUUCCUACAUAAUCACGGCAUCGUAUAUCGUGACCUGAAGCCGGAAAAUAUCUUGCUGGAUGCACGCGGACAUGUCAAACUGGUAGACUUUGGUUUUGCAAAAGUCGUGGGUGAUAGUGAGUGUUGCAAGAUCAUUGGGCUUCGGGGGUACGAGAAACUAAUUCCUAGUGCUUUUUCAGGGGAAACCUACACACUUUGCGGUAAUUUCUAACAUCCCUAUCAUACGCCUAUCAAAGUAGAAUACUAACUUCUACUUUUUUAUAUUUUAGGAACGCCAGAAUACCUGAGUCCGGAGGUCAUCCAAAGCAAAGGCCACGGGAAGGCCGUCGAUUGGUGGGCCCUGGGAGUCCUGAUAUAUGAGAUGAGUUGCGGGUUUCCACCUUUCUACGACAAUUCACCAUUCGCAAUAUAUGAGAAAAUCGUGGCGGGACGUAUAUCUUUCCCGUCAGUUCUCCCCGAAGAAACCAAGGAUAUAGUGCGCAGAUUGUGCACAAAAGAUUUAUCUGCUCGACUUGGUAAUAUGUGCGGGGGAGGACACCAGGUCAUGGCUCACCCAUUCUUUGAGAGCGUCCACUGGCAGGAACUAGAGAACCAGGUCCACUCAGUAUGUCCCGACUCACGACAGCCCCCGGAUUGAUGCCAACAUGCUGACGGAAUUAUCCAGGGCCCUAUUGUGCCAAAUCUACGGCACCCGGGCGACACCAGAUACUUCGACCAAUACGACCCACCAUCGACAACCGCAAGAGACGAAUACACCGAUGAGAUGUUUGAGAAACACGAUGUAUCUUUCCGUGACUUCUAAGAAAGCCCAACCAUUCCCAUUACCACACCGGUCGCUUUACGGUCACUGUAUUCUAUUCAAACGGCGUUUGCUCUUUUAUCUAUCUGCUCAGAAAACAAUUUAAUACAAUUACUUUGUACGCAUAGCUAGGGAUUUUCCCUGAUUUCAUUCAUCUGCGUUUUUCUCAAGUUAGUGCAGAGGGCAGUGUUUAUAACGGUCACGACAGCAACAUCUAUUAAUGCUUUUUUCCUUCUUUCCCUGUGCAUACCGGUAUUCGAGAUGUCUUGCCUUGCGGAGCAGGCGUUAUUUCCUUCCAUUCUGCUUUAUUUACCUUCUUUCAACCCUAUUCUCUAAAUUUCAUUUCAUUUGAACGCCUUCGCCGUUAACUCGCACCGAGAGGAGUCGGUUGGAGGUGGGGGCUCUUCAGUGUGCCGGGAGCGCAACCAUUGAUCUUCAGCCAGUCGAUCAAUCAAUAACUGCUAUAUAGUCAGCAUAUAAUUCCAGUCCACCCCGAGCUACCAAGAAAACAAAUAAACUCUCAAACAAGAUGGACCCUACAUACUCGCACUAAAAUACAGUACCGGUAGCCCGCACCAUAAUUUCCAUCCCAUAUCACCCACUGGUGACCCCCACACCAUAGCAGGAUCCCAAGAUCGAUCGAAAUGCAAGAAAAUUUCUGGCCGCCACAAAAAAAACUAACAUCCUUUCAAGAUCUUAAUGAAGCGAAAACAAUACUAAUGUAAAUUAAUCAUCCAUCCUCACUCGGCGAUAGAUCCCGCCCGAUGCUUGCGUCAUUCCACGGCAAGAGAGAGAGAUAUAUAAGUAGAUAUGGUGGCGGGUGGGAGAAAUCGACGCAAUAAAGUUUUCAGUGAAAAACUCUUCAUAGAACCGCUCGAAACCGGCACCCCUUUUACACCCGUAACCUCCAUUUUCUGAUGAAAUGAGCAUUCGUCGGGAGCCUCAAGAGGAAAAUUUUGAAAAGAGGUGACCACAGCGCUUCUCCGGAACAUAGUAGUUUCCAAGGGGAAAACAAAGUAAACGAGUCAUCGGCGUCUGGCAUUACGGUAGAGUGUGCGCGUGAGCGAGUAGGGAAGACACGGGGUACGGUACGGUAACUUACUCGAU